UCCACUCUGCUUCAAAACAGAGCAAACAGAGUGGAAAGCAAAGGCUAAAAAGGCUCCACCACUUCCACCACCACCACCGCUCCUAAUGGACCCACCACCCCUCUCCACCACCCUGGCCACCUCAACCAUCACCCAACAACACCAUCCUGAUUCAGUAGAGUCCUCAUCGCCGCGAUCACGCAACGCCGAAACAUGGAAUGAUGAGCCUCUCCCUCCUAUUCCUGGUGCCAAACUUCGCCUCAUGUGCAGCUAUGGUGGCCACAUUAUGCCACGUCCUCAUGAUAAGUCCCUCUGCUAUGUCGGCGGCGACACGAGGAUCGUGGUGGUGGAUCGCCAUUCCUCACUGAAAGAGCUAUGUGAACGCCUCUCCCGAACCAUUCUCAAUGGUAGACCCUUCACGCUCAAGUACCAGCUUCCCAAUGAGGACCUUGACAACCUCAUCACUGUCACCACUGAUGAAGAUCUUGACAACAUGAUAGAAGAGUAUGAUCGUGUAGCUGCAAAACCUUCUCCUUCACGCUUAAGGGUGUUCUUGUUCUUCACCAAACCUGAGACUACAGCUUCAAUGGGGUCACUCCUUGAUGAUGCCAAGUCAGAGACAUGGUUUGUAGAUGCACUCAAUAACUCAGGAAUUCUCUCAAGGGUGGUGUCAGAUUCUGCUGCAGGGGAUUGUUUUGUGAACCUUGAUGGUGUUGGUGGUGUUAGUGCCAGUGGCUCAAGCAAUAACUUGGAGGCUCAAGGUGGUGAUGCCAAUAACAAGGUUAAGAAUUUGCAUGAUGUUGUGCAAUCAAUGCCUGGUUCACCUAUGAUGGAGAAUACUUCUUCUUCAUCUCCUUCUAUGGCUAAUUUGCCACCGAUUCGGGUUCGUGUUGAUGACAACGGUAGUAGGCUUCAGCAAGAGAAUAAGGUUGGGGUUGGAGUGGUGGAGGAGCAGUUUGCUCAGAUGACAAUAGCUGCAAGUGGAGUGAAGCCAGAUGAUGGGUUUGUAAAUGUUGUUUCUUCUGCAGCUGUGACUAUGACUUCACUUGGUGUGGUUGCUGCUAGUGAUAAUGUGAAUAGGGUUGUUUCUGAUGAUGAGAGAUCGGAUCAUGGAUUUAGGAAACCACCUUUACCAUUGCAGCUUGUGCAACCAAGGACUAGUGCUGGUUUGAGUCUGCCUUCUCCUGAUUCAGUUGCAAGUGACAGUAGUAUUGCAUCUACAAAUUCUUUCUCCAAGAUUGUUUAUUAUCAAGAUCAAGUCCAAGCUGCUCCUAUAGAUAACAAAGUUGUUGCUUUGCCAAAUGCCAAGAGUGAAAUAUCUGAUCAAGUCCUUGGACUACAAAGGGAACAGGUUCAUGAUUCUGGUUACACAUUACCCCCACAAUUGGAUCAAAAUCAACAAGUUCAACAGCCAUUGGUCCAUGCCAACACUCAUUACAUCCACCACCCUACAGCCACAGGUCCUAUGCCAGUUUCAUCCUACUACCCAGUUUAUCCCCCACCACCACAAAAACAACAACUUCCCCAUCCAAUUGGUCAACAACAGUACCCAGUUUAUGUGAUGCCUGUUGGACCUACACAACCAUACAGCAUGGCAUUGCAACCCAACAUAGCUGAUCCAAAUGUUGUAGCCUCAGGUAGGCCACUAAUACCCCCUCAAAGUGUUGUUGCCUCAACAACAUACAAGGAAGGAACUCCACCUAUUUAUCCCACCAAAUCAGUUACUCCUACCAUACCUGAAGUGACUCCAAGUGUUUACAAAGCUCCAGUGGCAUCAAAUCCUGCAUUUGUUCCAAUAACUCCCAAUCAAUUUCAGCCACAUUAUAUGGGUUUGCCUCAGUUCCAUCAUCCACCACAGUCCAUUGCUGUGGCUCCUUCUAGUACUACUAAUUAUGGUUAUGAAUAUGGUGCCCAUGUUCAAGACCAAGCAUACUACACAACACAACAAACUACUACGCCUUUGCUUCCUCAGUACCAAUCCAUGACUCCAGCUGUAGCUGCUGCAGCACUUUCAGAUGCUUCAAAACAAUUUCCUGCAGACAAUAACCAGCAUCCAAACAGAACUUCACAGCCUGCAUAAACCAAAGUGGAGAAAAAUGAACCAGUUUGGGGUGGUGUGGGGUGGGGUGAGGGGUCAUUGGACUUUAAUUUUUUAACAAUGAAAAUAUGGAGCUCAGUUUCUACAGAAAAAAUAAGGACCAAAUCAUAGUUUAUUUCUUCUUAUCUAUAUUGAAAUGAAUGACAUGUAAGAUCAUAUUUUGCAAAACUAGCUUUUCUGGUUAUCAGAGUCACUCAGUUGAAUAAGGCAAGUAGUUGCCAUUAGCUAUGAUGAGGGAGUUUUUUAGUGCUUUCAUUUUAAAUUUUAUUGUAUUACUUAGAUUCACUUGGAAAUCACGUUUAUUUUGUUUUUUCUGAU